AAGCGAAGAAACGACAUUGUCAACGUAAGAAGAGGCUUCCAUGUGAGCUUCCCCGUUCUCCUCCAUCGAUUACUCUUACAUAUUUCUUCCUCAAAUCUCUUCUUCUUUCGGCUCCCAUUUAUCAAUCUUGAAUCUCCUUUUAAACCUACAAGCAGCUGCCAUUGGAGAAAAAAAAGCUCUCAAUUUCUUCAGCUGAAUCUCCAAUGGCUGCAACAGCAACAGCAACAGCAACGACAGCCCAAACCCACCGUCCAAACCCUUUACUCAAAGCUCCACCGCCAAGAUCAAAGCUCGCUUGUUUCUCUUUCGCUGCAUAUUCCAAAACCCUUAUCCACCAUCUUCAAACCCUCGACAUCCCCAUCCUGCCUGGUUUAACCGACCACGAAUUCACCUCCAUCGAAUCGGCUUUUCACUUCACUUUCCCACCCGACCUCCGUUCCAUACUUCAAGAAGGUCUCCCCAUCGACCCUUCGUUCCCAAAUUGGCGAUCAUCAUCACCUCAGCAACUCAACGUUCUCCUCAGUCUUCCUUUAUUGUCUUUAUCAAAGAACAUUACGUUGCAUAACUUUUGGUCUCCGUCUUGGGGUACUAAACCUUCGAAUCCAAAUGAAGCUUUGGGUUUGGUUAGAAGAUUGUUUACAACAGCGCCUGUUUUAAUUCCUAUAUAUCGGAAUUGUUAUAUCCCUUCGACGCCGAACAUGGCGGGAAACCCUGUUUUUUACGUCGACGGUGAGGAGGUUAGGAUAUUGAGCUUUGAUGUUAAUAGGUUUUUUCAAGAGGUUGAGUUUUUGAGGAGAGGUGGGGUUUUCAAGCCUUUCAUGAGGAAGAGAAGGAAUGGCGUUGAUAACAAAGUGCCGGCUUGGGCGGCGACAGCGGCUCGGAGGAUCGAGUUUUGGACGGACGUGGCGGAGAAAGGGAGGAGGGUGGUGGCGCGUGGGGUGACGACGGGGUGGUGGUGGAGAAAGGAAGAGGAGGAGUUCAGGUUAGGCGGGUGUUUGGAGGAAGUGUUCUGGAGGUUGAGAGAUGGAGGGUGGAGAGAAGAGGAGGUGAAGGACAUGAUGAUGAUGGACGGCUGUGAUCAAACACAGAUUAAACCAAAAAUUGGGACCCGACCCUUGAUCGACGGAGAUGACGCCGCGUGGCAUACGCGGGUUUUGUCGGUUGUGUUAUUGCGUGCGGGUUGGAGUAGGGAAGAUGUACUGUACUCGCUUGAUCUUGAUGAUAUCGACGGUGAUGAAGGCCUGUAUUUGGAACUUCAAUCGCCCAGUAGCUGUUGCAUUGAUGAGGGAUGAUGACCAUCAGAAAUGCAGAACCAAACGGUGGAUUAAAGUGCAGGCACUGUAACGAUAAUGGACCUCACCUCACAAUACGUGUAAUGCUAUACUACUUUCAUUAUACAAACAUUUUAAUUAUUUUUGUAAAUUAUUUUUUUUCACAUGUGAUACAUAUACAAAAUCUAACAUUUUUAUUGUAAAUAAUUUUUUUGUCAAUAAUUCGUGGUCUAAUAUAAAUUUAGAUUAAUAUUAUGGUCAA